CGUAGUCAAAAUUGAGUAAGGUUUAUUGUGGGCCAACAAUAGCGCCAAGAAAAUUUCCAUAAGUUAGGACCGCUUGGACCCUUUUACGCAUUUAUAGCACCUUCCUCGUAUUCUGUGGUGCCGAGUUGUAUUUCUUAUGACAAAAAAGUCGCUGAAGCAGAAAUCUGUCUGAACAGGGUACAAUUUACAAGUACGUCGAGUACAGGAACUAGACAAUUCCAUUCCCCACACAGUCCAAUUCAGCUGGAUAAAAAACAUAGCGAUGGAGUCGUCUGUAUGCCGUGUUUGCCAUGUCAACAAACCUGAGAAAGGUUUACGAUUUCCAGAACCCAUUUGCGCGUCCUGCCUGCAGGAUAAAUUAAAUGCAUUUCUCGAUGAAGAUAUGUUUCUAGAAUCGGACAGCGAAAGUGAGAGUUCAAACCUUGAGAAAGGAUCUCUUGUAGUUGAAAAAUUGGAGCAGAAACCACAAAGUGUACAGAAAAAAAUGAAAAACGGGCCACUUAAGGAGGAAGAUAUAAAGGAAGAGCAUUACCCUAUUUCAAACUCCAACAUUAAUCAAGAAAAUGAUGAUAAUAUCAUUGAUAAAGAUCUGGAAAACACAGAAGACCGACCUUACACGUGCUCUCAAUGCCAAAAGUCCUUUGUCCAGAACAUAAGUUUUCAGGCACAUAUGCAAAUGCAUGCAAAUAAAAAAAGAGAGUGCACCCAGUGUUCGAUGACUUUCACAACUGAUGUUAAACUUAAGUCGCAUUUCUUACACGUGCACUGCGACGAACGCCCAUUUAAGUGUAGCGUCUGCCCUAAAGACUAUAGACUGCGAAGCAAACUCCACAGGCAUUUGAGGGUACACGCAGGAGUUCGACCAUUCAAGUGCACCUACUGCUCGAGGACCUUUACCCAGGGUCAAUAUCUACAGGCACAUAUACGAACUCAUACCGGAGAACGACCCUACAAGUGUCCCCUAUGUACAUCUUGUUUUGCACAAGCAUCAUCUCUUCGAACACAUUUUGGAUUACAUACCACCUAGUGUUUCAAAUUUGCAUGUGCCCACAGUUUGCAUCUCUUGCAUCCCCACAAUGGAAAGCCUUUCAGGAACCUACAGUCAUUUUCAAUAAUGAAGGAACUUCGCAUCUAAACUGGAACUCGGAUGACGCGGAAGGAACAAUCGAAUCGCAGCCUCGAUGACAUCCGUAGUACAAAUUCCGUACAGAUUAAUAAAAGAGAAUUAAUAAAAUAGUGCAUAAGCACAUUAUUUUUUA